CGCUGGGUUCUGGGGAGCCAGUAGACGCGCUCCGUAUUGCCGUCUGUAACUUGCGGUAGAAGUAAAAGAGUCUGAUCGGGUUGCCUUAAAGGUCCAGACUCCAGAGUAGUUUUGGAAAUAUAGGCAAUAUAUAGCGAGCAUCCCCCUUUAAGUGUUUGAAGUUAGUGAUAUGUCAGGGCUUCGUUACAACGUGCAGCCCUUUUUUCCAGACCCAUUUUAAAAUCUGAUUUCAUGAUUUGGAUCCAGAGAAACGCACCCGCAACCAGGCAGAUCUCGGUCCGAUUUGGGGGGGGAGCCCCUCCUUCCCUCUCAACCCCUCCCCCACGCGGCACUGCCCCCAACUCUCGGGAGGUCCGCGAUGGGAAACUAGGGGCUGCCCUCUCUCCAGCAUAUCACAGAGCUGCUGUUCAAGAAACACAAAUCUAUGGUGCCCUUGGGAGAUCCUGCAUGAAGGCUGCAGGAUCACCUCCAGGACAUUACUUCGCAUCUCCAGAGUCAAGCCAAGAUGUUGCUAAGUGACCCUGUCUCUACAUGCCUUUCCUCUCCAGUGCACUACAUGGUUUGUGAAGCUGGAUUUGAGAUAAAGGCAAACCAUGCUCCUAGUAGCAUUGUAUCUGAGAAUGGUGAGAUAUAUUGGAAAACAAUUGCAGAACAUGUACAAUAUGGAGAACCAGAUCAAACCGUGGAUUAUGUAGAAAGUGUGAGAUCUUUAGGACCAUUAUGUGAAUCUGUUCACAUGCAUUUGCAAUCCCUUACCAUGGAGCAAUUUGAAGACCAGUUUGGGAUGUGGUUUCAGUGGACAAACUCUUCUGAGGUAUUUCUUGAAAUGUUUGAUGCUAUAAAGAGUCUGCAUGCUGCAGCGAUUUCAUUCAGCUUAAUGAAGCUUACGGCAUGUUUGGAACGAGCCUUGGGUGAUGUAUUCUUAUUAAUUGGCAAAGACUGUCCUUUUCUUCUGCGAGACUUGCUGGCGUCUCAGGAACUUGCCACAAUCUUUGGGCAGUCAGUGAUGGAUGUUCUGAGAGUGUUCAUUGGAUCUCCAGAUGGUCUAAAUCUUCGCAAUAUUUUGUGGCAUGGAUUUGCAUCCCCUCAAGAAAUUCCUGUGAAAUAUUCCUCUAUGGUGCUUUGUUUGACAGCAGGAUUGGGGCACCUGCUGAGGAAUUACCUCCUGCAAACUCAGUCUACUUUAGUUCAUCGACCUUAUGUGUCUUUCACCAACCUGCAAGAGCUGCAUAUUUUUCCAGAUCUUAAUCAUGAAUUGUUGGCAUUGGCUGAAGAAUUGGCAAUCAAAUCAAAUAUUGUACUAAGACCCAUGUUGCCUUUUUGGAUGACUGCACUAUUAUCAUUUAGACAAUUCAGGUAUGCAGACUGUGUUAUAUUGUUACUACCUCAGCUGGAAAGUGGACUUAGAUUGCUUUUCACAACAGUUAAUAAAUGUCCAAGCAGACUAAUGACAGCUGAGUCAUCUUCUCUUUACACCACUUUUGAUGAAAUGCUAGCAAAACAGUUGAACAAUGAGAAAGCCAAUCAGCUUCCUUUAGUUCUUGGUGAAAACACAAUGGAAUUUCUUUGGGAUUUCUUGAACCACCAAGAAGGUCCACGUGUUAGAGAUCAUCUGAGCCACGGAGAGAGCAGCUUAAAAGACUUCCCAAGAGAAAUAGCAAAUUCGAUUCUUGCAUUUUCUAUUACCCUCCUGUGCAGAUUUUUCAAAGGUGACGUUGCAGCAAUCAAGGAACACUCUGUUCUGAAGCCACUAAUAAGCUGUGCAAAUAGCUAUUGUUCCAAAUUUCAUCCAAUAGCCCAACUUAAGAAACAGGUACUGAAGUGUAUGAAAAGCAUCAGUUUGUGGUCUGAUCUUCCUAUAGUGGCUGAAGAACAAAUACAAGAAAUUGCAGGGUCAGGGAAAGAGAUAGUUGAAGUUCCUUGUACUCUUGUGACUGCUGAUAUUUUCUCUCAGCUACAACCCUACUUGUCUCAGAAUAUCAGACUUUUAGGUGAUCCUGUGAACGAUCUUAUAACAGAGAAGUUACUGACUGAUCUCUUCAGGAAGCAUAUCCGUAUUCUCUUCUGCCCACGGCCUGUCCUGGAAAUAGUUGUGGUGCUUCGUCAAAUAAGCACUCAGUGCCAUCAAGUGUCAUGUCAAGUCAUUUCUACUUGCGAAACCAGGUAUAAGCAGUGGAUAAACAAGUCACUGCGAUCGCGCCAAAGGCAAAACUAUCUGCGCAUGAGAAGGAGUGUUACAUUUCUCUCUCCAGUCUUACAACUAAUUUUAAUCUUGAUUACUCUGGAGCUAAUCCAUAUUCAUACUGCUUGUGAAAAGACUGCUUCUGGAUAUCAGCAGUACCUAAAGUUUCUAAAGUUGAUCCUGCAGUACACUGAGAACUUGGUAACCUACACAAGCCUGGAAAAGAAUAAAUGGAAUGAAACUGUGGAGCUUACACAUAACACUUUGCUAAAAAUCAGAACUUUCUUAGGAAAGCGCCUGAUGCUUGUGCAGUUAGCUAAUUAGGAAAGGAUGUAAUCCUCAUCACACUUUUUCAUCUUUAAGUUCAAUGGACAAUUCUGUCCAGUCGUGUCCCCCCCCCAAAAAAUAUGCACAUUAACUGAAAUUGACAGGAAGCAUGAGAAUCAACAACAGUUAGCAGUAUGCGUCUUUUUUCCAUUGGGAUGAAUAAUCACAUUUUCUGGACAAAGAAUAUGCAACACAACCAGAACUAAGCAUCAGCUUGACUCCUUUUUUUACAAGGAACUGUUUGUUUGCUCUACAAUGUAUUUAAUAAUUUUAAUGUAUUCUUCUUAGAGGAGUGUAAUUUUUUAAAAAAAAUCUUUGUUAAAUCAAA